AUGGCGUCCAUAUCCUUGCCUCCGCAGUCUCAUUCCACCAUGCUUUCCCAGGAUUUCCAUUCAUCUUCCCAUCCGGUUUUCCACAGACACUCCCGUCGCAAUUUGAGCAUGUCGAGCCCGCUCCCUAACCCUCAGUUCGUUUUCCCGGCACGCGAUCCGGAUCAUUCCAAUAACAUUCCUCCAUCGACAUCCCCUGCGGUUCUGGAAUCUCGGGGCAUUCGUACUCCUCCAUCGCUUCCCGCAUUCUCUUUCAACCCGGGUUCCGUCCAGGCGUCUCAACCGUCACCACAACACUCUCCGACUGGCCCACCGACAAGCAGACCAACCGGGCACCGUCGACGUCCUAGUGAAUUUGUGGGUGGUGAUCGUCUGGUGACCCCACCAGUGGCUGAGACGAAUCAGACAAAGGAUGAGAAUCCCCUGCAAUGUCCAGAGAAACUCCCUGCGCCGGGGCCAGGAUUCAGUGCCGGUGGUCCGGGAAAGCGUAGCCGUCACGCCCAUCGUCGCUCAGCCGCUAUAUCCAGUGUUGAUCUUACCGCCAUUUCCAACGCAUUGAAUACCCAACCCGCCCUUGGUAGCGCUCCUGUUGUCCCCGCGGAUAGGAAGCGGGAUAAUCCCACCUUCGAGGAGAUCCCACGGCCCAUGUCUCAUUCAGCUACAAGCCUGCCUCGACGCUCACCUCCGGCAUCCCCUACUGGUGAAACAUCUGCAUCCCAACCUAACCUCCCGGCUCCCAGUGGCUUCCUUGCUCCUGAGCAGCUCCCCUCUCCAGCCGUACCAGUGGAGACACCCGGAAGCACGCCUGGAAUUCACCUGGAACAGACUACUAGGAAUAGUGGACCUCCAGCCAUUGAGAUAUCACCAUCCAACGACGAGAAGCCCCGUGUUAGACCGAAAACUGCUGAUGCGUCGUGGUUGUUUGACCAGAGCAGCAGCGGCACAACCGGCAAUGGCACGCAAUCGAAACGACCCCUAUUGUCCGCCAGUCAUACGCGGCACAAGAGUUUAUCCUCUGGAUUGCUGGAUGUUGCUUUGAAGAAAAAGAACCACGCCAACGAAGAUGCUCAUUUGACAGAUUUGUCCGGACGCUCUUCCUCCGAUGAUGACUCAGACACCUCUGCUGAAACCCAUGAAGAAUUCGCAGAGCAAUCCUCGAAAAAGAAAUCCAAGUCAAAGACGAGGAAGAAGAAGGUGCGGUCGUGGGCUGGCUCCAUUCUGACGCGUGGAAAGGGCAAGCGGAAUCCAUCGAAGAAGGAAUCCGAGGAGGACAACAACCCUGCACCGCCUGCCCUCACCAGGACAAACUCGGAAUUAGGUUCGGGUUUGGAUGUGGACUUUGACGAUGAUAACAUGGUCGUCCUUCGGGCACCCACGAACAUUGAAACAUCGCCGAACCCUCCUCCCACUGAUACCGGGGUACCACAGCCUACGCCAUCGCUCGAUGGUUCGUGGAAGCCAAGGAGCUUCUAUGAGCAAGGUCUUGCAGAUGAUACGCUAACCCCGGUCAUUGAUCUGGAUGCAGCGCUUGGCCCCUUCAAUACUCCUGACAUGCGUGCUGGGCAGACUGCUCCUAGUAGCUUUUCCGCUGCAACGAAGCGCAUGUACAGCGGCGGACGACGUGGUGAAUUCAUUGGUCCCGAAAUGCGUUACCAUCGUCGUACGGAGAGUGCUCCGGAGAUGCCACCUUUUGACCGCAAUGCCCUUGGUAACCAUCGGUUAACCGGUAGCUCUACCUUGGAAAACCCCGACGUCUUUUACGAGGAGGAAGAGGAUGCCUUCUUGGCUGCCACGAGUGAACCCUCCCUAGAGGAGGAGCGACGAGUAUCUCAGGCGGGCUCGGUUAUCUACGAUGCACCGUCAACUAGUGACAAGGACAGCUCUGAUACGCUCACACGACAGCCUGCAGAAGAGGAAGGACCUCGUGCAGAGGGCCUGGGGAUUCAGGGGAAUGCACCGGCUCAGAUUGCUGCACCUCUGUGGAACAACCUUGACAAUGAGCGCUUUGAACAAGAAAGAGUUGCGGAGCAAGUACAUGGCGCCAGAAACCCGUUCGCGAACCCGCCGCGCACUCCUGUUGAUGUUAUCAGGCAGGAAGGCUGGCAACACAGCCGGGCGCCGGCUCCCCCCAGUCCUGAUGUCUCGCCUCGCUUCUUACCUGCCGAUAAACGGCCAUCGACAUCCCCCCUUGAUUUGGGUCCUAAUAUUCCCCCGUUCUCGCUUAACGGUGGCUCUUCCCAACCGACCUCGGGGUUCCCAUCCCCUGUGUUCACCAACUCGCCGCCUGAUGGUCCACGCUCAGUUACGACACCUUCAACUAUGGACCGCACCUUUUUUAUACCACCUUAUAAUAAUAUGUCGGCAGAGUUUCCCCAUGGGUCAGUUGAGGAUGUACCAUCCUUGACGAGCAGUACUUCGACCUCCACGAAUCCCUUGCAACGAUUUUCUGCUACCUUUUUCCCUCGCCGUGGCUCCUCGGAUCGCGCAGCGUCGUUUUCCGCGGCUGUGCAUCGUCGCUCCAGCGCAUCACAUGCUGCGAAGAGAUCCAGUCUUGCCAGCUUAUCCAAGCUUGUCGUUGGCCCUCAUGCCAACGAACGGAGCAAACUGAGCUACGAGGAGAAACCCCCCGGGGAUGCGCCUGAAAAGGGCAAAAAGAAAGGCCGGGGGAUAGGUCGUCUCAAGCAUUUCUGGAGAACGAAAGACAAGGAAAAGCAUCACGGGGAUACCGACCAAUGA